CAGAGCGGCAGUGUACCUAUUGCGGACAGCGUGGACUGUAUUUUCCCUAAUUAUGUGCAGAUAACGCUCUGCGGUCAUUUCCAAUUAGGACUACCAGCUAGGAGACUGUUAAGUGCAUCGAAACAAAGUGAGCGAGUGUGCAUUUUGGUGUGCAUGUGGGGUCCAUAGGGAACCAAGACAGGUGGAAAUCGUUGAGGAUACAAAAUUGAACAUGAUUGGACAGCGCUAAGCUGAAAUUUUAGUGCCGAAAUUGAAGCGAAUUGGGAUGAAACGUGUGCAGAAAAAGAAAAGAUUUGAUGCGUAAUGUGGUCAUCGGAAAAAUCUGAUCCGAUCAAUGCUCGCAAUAAGUAUUCGUUACCACGCUAGUGCUGAUGAAAAUGCUAGGAAAAUGUGCUAAGGCAGUAAGACGUAUUAUCGUGUGAUUCAGUUUUUCUUUUCUUUCGUGGAAUUUUUCUGCUUACAUCUGCUGAUGAAAAGUGCGCUGAUAACGAGCGGAAUGGGCAACCUCAAGCUGGUUUUUGACAGUGAAAAAUUGUGAAAAUUAUCUAGAGCUGUGUGUGGGGAGAAGCGGUGGAUAAGUGAGAGUAAGAAACGAAGAAGCAAUAGUGUCGGCUCUGAGAAGAAAAGACUCCCUCUAGCGUUUGAAUUCACAACAUUGGCCGCUGUGAUAGUGAAGGUGGCUAUGGAGUGGAGAGUGGAAUUCUUUUCCAUAUUAAACGAGACAUAAUGAGCUGCAUUAGGAUUCAGCUAUCGAUGCUUUUGUCCUCUUUGGUUCCUCUUUGAGCGAAAUAACAAUGGUCUCAUACAGUCAAUGCCAUUAUUCCAAGGAAAAACUAUCGCCGGAUGUGGAAAGCUGCGCAAGCAAGAGAAAGUGGGGAAAUGUUUUAUUCGCAGUUCGGGAAAGAAUUUAGUUUUACGUACAUACACAAACCGAAGUGAAAAGUUUGGAAUAGGGAGUGCGAUUGAAUUCGGGAAAGUUUUACAUCUCGAGCCACGCGUUCCGUGUAGUAGAAAGCUAACCGGAAGUUUGCUGUAGAAAAGUGGUAUCCUUGUUUGGAAGCUGUGCGAGUAUGCGAGGCGACGAUGGAGAGUCUGGCGCAGUAAAGUGGUGGUAGAGACGAAUGUUCCAAACAGUGAAACGCAGAUUGCCAUCCUCCCUCCAUUUAAAUCGACUUCUCACUUGAUGGAUGCGAACCGGGCCGCUGGAGUGGGGUGCUUCGUCUUGAGCGUUAUCUGCCAUCGGUGGUGAGGUAACGAAUAACAUAAGCUGGGAAAUUUCGUGUGUAUCCAUGUGGAGAAGUGAAAGUUGUCGUAGUUAUAACUAGAAUAAGCGAAAAUCUCGAUGACAUUUUGAUGGAUACGAAAACUAAGGCGCUGAGAGGUUUUUUGAAGUGAGAUGAAUUAUUAUAAUCGUUAUGUAAUACAUAUUUAAACUACGAAACAGUUGAAUGUGAUAAGAUAGAAUAAAAUCGUGAAGUCACACACUCUGUUUGGUGUCAGUGGAUUAGAAAAUGCGGAGGUAGAAAAAAAUAUAUAUGAAAAAAAGUGCUAAGUGUGUGACGGUGAGUCGAAAUUCAAUUCAAUUUCGUGAACUGAUAAUUAAAAAAAGAAAAUAACAGGCGCAAAGGGAGCGAUAUAUAAAAUAUAACAGUGAGUGAAAAUAAAACGGGAAAAAAGGGAGUUGGAACGAAAGUUUAUCUCUUAUGUAUUGCAGUAUUGUUGCCGCAGUCGUACCCUUUAGCCUCAGCACCGUGAAACUCCGGGAAAAUGUGCUGUUAUUUCUCGUGCAAUGCCGGAGGAGUAAUUGUGAAUAGGAGAAAAUACUUUUCUGACAGUUAGCGUCACAAUGUCAACAGCCAAACGGCUGGUGCUAUCGCUAAGAGGUCGCAAAGAAUCUCAGAGCACCGCGGGCACGUCCUCUACCCGGCUAGUAUCGGCCAACAGCACCUCACCCGGUCACGAACUCGACGAGAUUGCAGUGGUUUCCGGGGGCGCUGAGUCCAGUCACGUGUCGUACGGCAGUCUCUCACUCGGGCAGACUAAUGGACCUCGUUACAUACCAGAUGAUGAUGGCAAGGCACGUUUUGACGAUUUGAAACUGUCGCGGCAUCAUUCGCACUCCCUCAAUGGUACGGAUGCAGCCAUAAUGCAUCUGGCCCCUCCACCCCUAGAAGCCGUUGGGUCCGACUUUAAUACCAUUCAAACGUCCUCGGAACACAAUCGAAACUCUGUGAGCCGUCAAAGUCUCAUGGACAUCGUGAGUGCCAAGCUCGGAAUGUCCGGUCCUCAGCUCGGUCAGAGCAUCUCACAGCAAGGUUUCUUCUCGUCGCGUGACAGCCUGUCGGCGUCGGGCACAUCCCGGCCACUGCAUUCCCAUGUGUCCGCCACCACCUCGGAGAUGGAUUUGUCCCGGAAGGACCGCAAGCGGGAACGGAGCAAGCUGAAAUCGGGCGACCAGCCGCUGCUCGGGUCGUGGAGUAGAACCGGACCGCGGGAGUCCAACGCGCAAACCGCGGCAGCGGCAGCAACACGGGCUUCGAGCAACCAUCUGGUGCCACCGGGCAGCACGGGAAGCACCUGUAACGGAGCCGACCGGUACAUCUUCGGUCGGCGCUCCGGCUGCUCAACGUCGUCACGCAAAUCGAACGGCCGUCGCUGGUCGUUCGUGUUCGACCCGGCCGGUCGGCUCUGCUACUACUGGUCCAUGGUGGUCUCGAUGGCGUUCCUGUACAACUUCUGGGUCAUCAUCUACCGGUUCGCGUUCCAGGAGAUCAACGGCGAAUCGAUCGUGAUGUGGUUCUGUCUGGACUACUUUUCGGAUUUUCUAUACCUCGUAGAUAUUCUGUUCCACUUUCGUACGGGUUACCUCGAGGACGGCGUGCUGCAAACUGACUCGACCAAACUACGGCAGCACUACAUGAACUCGACGACGUUCUACAUAGACUGCCUUUGUUUAUUGCCGUUAGAUUUUUUAUACUUAUCGAUAGGAUUCAACUCGAUACUAAGAUCGUUUAGGCUAGUCAAGAUUUAUCGAUUUUGGGCCUUCAUGGAUCGUACCGAACGGCAUACGAACUAUCCGAAUUUAUUCCGUUCGACCUCACUGAUACACUAUCUGUUAGUUAUAUUCCACUGGAACGGUUGUUUAUAUCACAUUAUCUAUAAGAAUAAUGGUUUCGGCUCGAAGAACUGGGUGUUUCACGACUCGGAAUCGGCGGACGUGUCGAAGCAGUACCUGCAGAGCUACUACUGGUGCACGCUGGCACUGACCACGAUCGGUGACCUGCCGCGGCCACGCUCCAAGCCGGAGUACGUCUUCGUGAUAGCGCAGCUCCUGUUCGGCCUGAUGCUGUUCGCGACGGUUCUGGGCCACGUGGCCAACAUCGUCACCUCGGUCAGUGCUGCCCGCAAGGAAUUCCAAGCCAAGCUCGACGGAGUUAAAACCUAUAUGCGCAUGAGACGGGUUCCCAAUCAUCUCCAGGUGAAAGUGAUCAAAUGGUUCGACUAUCUCUGGCUGACGCAGAAGUGCUCAGACGAGGAGAGAGCUGUAUCAUGUCUUCCUGAUAAAUUAAAGGCUGAAAUAGCUAUAAAUGUUCAUUUAGAUACACUUAAGCGAGUAGAAAUUUUUCAAAAUACCGAGGCGGGCUUUCUGUGCGAGUUGGUGUUAAAGCUAAGGCCGGUGCUGUUCUCUCCGGGCGACUUCAUCUGUCGGAAGGGUGAAGUCGGCAAAGAGAUGUACAUAGUCAAUAGAGGUAGACUGCAGGUUGUCGCGGACAACGGAAAAACGGUUAUGGCUUCGCUGAAGGCCGGCUCCUACUUCGGCGAGAUCAGUAUCCUCAACAUGGGUACGGCAGGUAAAGCGCUCGGCAAUCGGAGGACGGCCAGCGUGCGUUCCGUCGGCUACAGCGACCUGUUUGUGCUCAGCAAGAAGGACAUGUGGGAUGUGCUGAAGGAGUAUCCCGCGGCCCGAGUGCGACUGGAGGCGAUCGCCGUGAAGCGACUCGAAAAGUACAAGAAGGCCCCGCUCGAGAAAGUCGCAAUGGGACGCUGCCAAUCGACACCAGGACUAGUGGAGACGCGGGGCCGCACCACCAUCGAGGACAUGUGGAUAUCACCGACGACAGCGAUUACGUCCGCCAGCUCGAUGGUCCCUACAUAUCCACCACCGGCGAACAGUCGCAUCACCAGUCCUCGGUCGCAUCGGGGCGAGCUGAGCAGCAGUCGGCUGCCCCAGUCGCCCGGGUCGGUUAGCCCUAGUGUACAUAGUUCCGAAGAACGGCCUAGAAGUCGCACGACUUCACACCAAACCUCCCGACCCCAGUCGCAACCGAGCAGGACAGGUAGGAGGAGCGUCUGUGAUACCGCCGGUGGCUUUUCCUCUAACGGCAAAGACUUUCUAGGUCCACCCUGUGACUCGCUAACGCUGAUCGAAUCGUCCGGUGCGACACCCCUGCUGGGUUCGCACGAGGCUCUCGAGGGCGAGAUCAAGCGGCUCCGGGAGCGGUUGCACACGGUCGAGUCGGAGAACUUUAGCCUGAACGCGAAACUCGCCCAGCAGCAGUGGGAGGUCGAACAUCGGCUGGCGGAGAUCGAGAUGCAGAUCUGUGGCGCUUCGUCUGCGUCCAGCAUCAGUCAGGAGAACGAAACCGAGGAUCUGGAGCGGAAUCGGGAAAGUAUCAUAUAACACGGAAGCGAGCUGCCUCAAAAAGUUGCCCUGGUGUAUGUGCGAUGCAUGACAUAAAUUACAAUUUUUUUUUUGCACGCGGAGAAAGCGUUGGAAGCGAGGACAGAACAGCAACAGAGUUCGUUUGGUUCUAAACAUCGACGACCAAUCCUAGAGCACGCCUAAGUUUAGUCCAGAUUUUUGCUUGUUUCGGCAUUCAUUGCGAAACUGUGUGUGUGAACAAAACCAAAAUAAACAGACAGCAUUAUGGGUCAUUUUUGACAAAGGCAGCUAUUCUAGAACUACACGGAAGCAUGCAGGAAGGAUCUUCCUGCCGAGCGGGAGACCGUCGCAACAUGAUUGUAUUACGUUUACGUCAACUAGCUUGUCAGAAUACCGGACAAGACGGAGAACUAUACAUAUUGGAGAAAGAGUUCAGUUUAUGCUAGCAUUACCAUAGUUCGUUGGAAAACUUGAUAGUGACACUUGUUCGGGUACUAAACAUAGAAGAAGAAGAAGAAGAAAACUAGUGAGAUCACCAUUAAUGACAUAGUUCAUGCUCUGUAUGAUAGUCAGAUCAUUUCAUAAAUGUUUCAACAGCGAAGGACCCGAAAAAUACCCUUUGCAUGAUAGAAGCGAACUAGAAAGGAGGAUAAAAACUAAUAAAAUGAAAUCGUAAUACGAACUUUUGACUAAACAAACUCGUUAUUAUCGAACGAUGUAGAUUUUUUACAUACCGUAGGCAGAUGUGUAAGAACCUAAGAUAGAUGAUAUUAGUUGCACGCGAAAUUGUUGAGAAUGUGCGGACAGUGCUGGCAGCCACUUCAAAUUAAUUUUAUUUAAUGUUACAUUCGGAAAAAAUAUAUUAAAACACUUUGUUACUCGCUCGGUACUGCCAACACUAAUCAGGCAUUCACUCAAUGAUUGAUAAAUAUCGCCUCCCGGAGAGCGGAGGGGAUUAUUGUGAAUAUUUCACUGUAAAAACAUUCUACUAAGAGGAAUAAGAUUUUUUUAGAUACCUUCGCGUCAGAAUCUCCCAUUUAGAAGUUUUGAACACGGCCAUGACAAAUAAUGUUUCAUUAUCAACAAAGAGGAAAAUGUUUUCUUUCAUCCCAUACAAAUGUUUGACACUUUUUAAAUUUUGAUACCUAGGAUUACGACCAACUAACAACAUGUUUUAUUCGUUACACACUCUAGUAUUCAUUAAGUGCGUGUGAAAACAGCAGAAAAAAAACAAAAGAAGAAUAUACUCUCACGAUCGAAUAUAUUUGAACUACUUCUAUUUCCCUAUCUAAAUUCAAGUUAAUUGUUGCAAUCGAAGCGCUAAAAUCAACCAACCAACCAAGUGUGUGAGCAGCAUUUAUAAUUAGCUCUUGUUAGCCCUACUUAAUCUUAACCCCAGGUUCAUUAAUUCGGUUCGACAUGGAGUAAUGCACGUAAUGCGUAUGGACAUAGAUACUGAACGCGCGGAUCGAGAGAGCACAUCCAAAGGAAGGUGCUCCGCGCGGAAUUAAGCUGUACAUAUUAUGUUGUAGUUUAAGCGAAAUGAACGCAUGAAAACUAAGUUUUCUUAUCACUAUCUGUGCAAACAGCGAAGCAACUAUGUUCAUGAUUUUAUCGACCGUACGACCGGCUUCGAAUGCUUGUUCGCUUUUAAUAGUUAAGAUUCGAUGAUAUCCGAGGCACUGACUUUUCUUGAAUGUAGGCAAUUGUAUGCGGUGUUUAGUUGAGACCGGUAAUUGAAUAAAUUCUAAUCAAAUUUUAUUCUAAAUGCUCUAUGAAGCAGGUGAAAGACAGAUGCAAAGUUUAAAUCCUCUUAAAACAAAGAAAUGAACAAAAUCUUCACUUUUCCAAUAGGGUAUUUAAAUUUAUAUUUCAUUCGCAUCUAGCCUUUGGGGGUAUAAUAGCCUUGAAAAGUCAUUGUUGAGACGAUAGUGAUACAGUCAUAUUUUUUUUUUGUUUUUCCUUCACUUCUAUGCCAUAGUUGUUGGAAAGUUGAUAACCGGACGUAAUUCGCGAUGAUUCCUAAAUGUUCCGGUAAAUACAGGCACUUGUAUGGUGCUCCCCUGGUACAGUGAGUAAGACAGUGGAAACUGUAUGUCAGUUUUUCUUGUUGGGAGGAGGGGUGUUCUUGUUCUUGGGUGCCAUAGAAAGCGCAUAGAGUUUUCCACUAUUCACUGCUGGAUCCAUUAUUUCUAGAAGCCUUCUAACUUCACCGCCGUUUCCCUAAGGGAGAGGAGCAUGCCUAGCCGCCGCCUUGGCUGAUAUAAACAUUAUUUUUACCUCAGACGAUGUAAAUCAACACCAGCCAACAAAAGAGAACACAUCCAACGAUGAGCGCAAUUCAGUUAACACGUUGAGUGCCACGGUUUUUAGCGACUCUAUGGAAAAUUUCAAACGUAUUAGUGCCAACGUUUUCGUAGUGGAAGGUAUUCUUGUUCGAAAAGGAAUUCUAACAAGCUUAUUUAUAUGCUAAUAUUAGUUAUCUUUGUUACCAUAUGUUAUACUGUCAGUCACCGGUGACUGACGCGGCAUUCAACGUGUUAAACGAUAACAUUUUCGAUGCACUGUUUCUAAUGUAAGCGAUUAUGACACCUCGAAUAUUAACUAAGGAAGACAUCUGAUAGAAAAACACUCAUUUAAAUCAUUACUCUGAUCUGGAUUUUCCUUUUUUGGUUCCACUUUGUUCAUUUGAUUUUUGUAUUCUGGUUUUUUUUCUUGUUAAUGCAUGUGUUCGUAAAUGACUUUGUUAUGUAUUUUUGAUCACAAUUCUGGAGACGACUUUAUGUUUGAGAACUGAAGAAAACGAAAAGUGGUGCACCAGCUCAUAGGCAAGAUCAUAAAAAUUGUGCUAUGAUGCUGAACAGAACUUUACCUUCAACGGGUACAACGACACUUCGAACGCCCAUGAGGCGAUCUGGCGUCGUGGUAACACUCAUACCUCUCACGCAGAGAACACUAGUUCAAUUCUCACUCCCGACAUUCUUCCAAAAAUGGAAGUAAAAGUGACGAACCAGCCAAAAUGCAUUGAAAGUCACUAUAAUAGAGAAAAAAAAAAACUACGAACGCCUAUAACCUUCUUUUCUGCAUAAUACCGGUAUGUAAAAGUGCAUCCAUGGUUCAUCCAUAGUCACCAUUCGAUCACAAUUGCCACUUUUCGAAAACGAAUUUAUACCACGUUAAUAAUACGUUUGACAGAGAUGGUCUUUCUCAAUGCCUUCGGAUAGAGUUAUAGUUUUUCUCAAAUUGGUUUACAUGCUAGAGGCGAAUGUCAUGAAAAAAUUAAAGCUUCUAUAAUUCUAAACCUAAUCCAGACCAAACAAAAACCUCUUUUUGAAGGUGAUUUAAAAUUAAAGUUUAAGGCUUCUUUAAUAAAAAAAAAAGUCACAGGACGGCUGUGUCUGAGACACGACCGCAUAGUUGACGUAGGAUUCCGUUAGGCUGUCUGUUGAUUUUGGAUAUGUUUGAAGAACUUUUUGAUAAUGAUUUGCUGGCCCUGAAAAGGGCCGUUUUGUUUGGUUGUUGGGUAUUGUUUUUCUAAUAUGUCUUCAUUUUUCCAAUUUUCUUACCGUAUAAAUAUUCCUUGGGUGAAAAAGAACACAACAAAACAGACAGCUUAAACCAAACGACCCGUACUCGAGCGGGAACACACCUUGGUUUGUAUUUAUGAGAAUUGGAAUACAUCGUUUCAUAUAUCAAGUCAUUUUUAACACAACUGCUACCAUAUACAAUUUUACACUUACACUUGUGCUGAUUUUUUCACAAUACACGAUCGGUCAUUGAUAUGAAAUUUCACGAAGCAACCAACAUUAAAGCUCCAAAUUUGAAUUUUAUUUGCUAGAAUUAAUCGUAUCACUCAUCUUACUUGCAAUACAAAAAUGCCCCCUACCUUCAUGUAUUUACAAUGCCGAUUUCCCCCAGGCAGCUUGGUUCUGAUGUCUCUGUUAGGGACCCGCCGCAUGUGUCGUCGAUUUCGACCAAUCAGAAGUGGGUAUUUCCGUUAGGACAGAGGUUAAGAUUUUUCAAUUGUUCGACAGUUAAUUUCAUGAUAUAUAUUAUUUUCUUCAAUAUAAAAAAUUGUUAUGGGGUGCCGAAAUCGAUUGACACAAAAAUUUCAUCAAUCCAUCAUGGAAUGACUGAGCAAUAAACGUUUGUAAUUGGACAAUUUUCACGAUGUACUCAAUUUUCGAUUUUCAAUUUGUACCCCAAUAUGUUCCCGAAAGACGUAAUCCUACGUCAAAAAUCAAUCAAUCAUAAAUGGAGCAUAUUGGAUAUGCGAGUGAGCCGAAAUUCUAGCGAUUUGAUGAUGUGACCGAGCGUUGUCACGCAGCAAAAUCACAUUAUCAUGAAGUUACUCAUAUUGCGGUUGUUUUCCUUCACUGUUCGACUCAAACGCAUAAGUUGUGUUCUGAACUUGAACGUCAAUGUCGGCUGAUGGCCGCGAGAACCUCUUCUUUUUUGAGCCAAUUGUUCACACGUAAACAAACGCAUUUUCUCACUUCGUGGCUGUUUCGAGUUUCUGAGGCUAUUAUUGUUGUUAAUUCGUUAAUUCAUUCAUAUUCCUUGAUUCGCUGGACAAAUUGCAAUUACUGUCAGCAACUCGAAGAAGCUUUUCAAUCAGCGAUCGCUUUGUGAAGCUCCAUGAGCCAUGAGCUUUGUAAUGUUCCCGUUCUCUACAAUCCUAAUCUUUCAAGUAUUUCUCCUCCACCUUACACCUCAGCCGGUUUCGCACUAACUGUAUGCAGAAAAUGAAGCGUCGCCCGGCACUCACCAAAUGUUACUUACGUUACUCUACGUUUCUGACCAGAUGUUUCGUUACAUCUAUUUUGGGCUCUUUCUGAGCCGUUGUUCAUCGACUAUCAUCGACCAACCAAGGCUGCACAUGGUAGUGGAAGUUCUCCGGUGGUGUCCACUUUCCAGAGUUUUUGCGAAAACUAGAUACUAGAUAAACUAGAUCCUAGAUACCAGUGCUUCACCAAAUAUUCUGCCAUGUUCGCGCAGGUAGCCUUCUCGAGAACCCCGGUAACCACUUAUCGGACUUAAUUCACUUAAUCAAUUACUUUUUUAACGUAUAUGUAUAGUUUGUUAAAUGUUUAGAGAGUAAAAUUAAAAUCUUAAAGGUGAGCAUGCAAUGAAAAACGAAGAUUUAGAACUUUUAUUACUCGAUCAUUUUUCAAUAGAUCACGCCUAUUUUUCGGAAAAUGUCAAGCAUUAUAUGAAUGAAAAUUCCGCGCUCUAAUUGAUCAUUUGAUACAAACAAUAUGUGCUCUAUCAGUGGUGCUAUCAGAAGAGCAGGUCAUGUAGCGAUAAUUAUGCAACACAUCACGUUGCAUCGCAACGUAUACAUUAUUUUAUAGUGGUAUUUUUGUGUAGAGACUGCUGAAGAAACAAUGUCUAACUCGUAUCAUUUUGGUGUGUUUUUGUGCGUUUGACAAGUUUUUGACACGUUUCUAAAAAGAAAAAAAUUUGCAAAACAUGAAAAUCGCGAUAAUUUAUACGUACAAAAGUUACGAUUUCUACAUUAAUAGUAUUUUUUCAAAGAAAACAUGAAAAAGUUGUUGUUGAAAUAACUCUUCCCCCGUAAAAGUGCUCAUUUUGCGAUGUAUGGGUGCCUUGUUGGAAAUUUUAAGGGUCAUGAAUAUCUAUUUUAUUCAGAACCAGCUGACCCGGCAAACUUCGUCCCGCCCAAAAUUUAUUUUUCGUUAUCACAUUCACGUUUUCUUACUAUGAGCAAGUUCAUGGGUCCAAUCGCAGAACUGUUCAUUGAUCUUCUAAUCUACCCACUAAAAUUAACUUUUACUAUAAAAAUACUAGUACUUCUAUCAAAACUCGUCAUUAUAAUAUCAGAUUAUUUUCAAAUACAAUUCUCGUUCAAGACUUUUCAGCCACUUGCAAAUAACAUGUUUCUCCGUUACAUGGAAUAAAUAUUUGAUACAGAAAAUAUGAUAGAAUUAAGACAUCCCUAAAUCUGACGAUUCCUUUCUCGAGUUUUGCUCUUAUCAAUACAUUCGGCGAUCCAUUUGGUUGGAAUAUGUUUGAUUGAAAUAUGUGUAUUAUUUUUAUGAGACCACUCCUCCAUUCCAGAGGAGAGAGGGGUGUCAUAGAAACAUUUAUUACUCCCUAAAACCUCACAUGCCAAAUUUGGUUCCGUUUGCGUGAUUGAUUCUCCAGUAAUGCAGACCCUCCCCCCACCCCCUCUUAGGGAGGGUGGAGGAGUGUCAAACUACCAUAGCAACAUUUAUUGCCCCUUACAAUCUCCAUAUACCGAAAUUGGUUCCAUUUGCUUGAUUAGUUCUUGAGUUAUGCAGAAACUUAUGCUUCAUCUGUAUGGUAAUACCGCCCCUCCUCCCCCUUAGAGAGAGGGGAGGAGUGUUGAUUCACCAUAGAAACCUCCACAUGCCAAAUUUGGCUCGAUUUGCUUGAUUACUUCUCGAGUUAUGCAGAAAUUUGUGCUUCAAUUGUAUGGCAGCCUCUCCUUAGAAAGGGGGGAGGAGUUUCGAACCACCAUAGAUUCGUUUAUCGAUCCCUAAAACCUCUAUAUGCCAAGUUUGAUUCCAUUAUUUUGAUUAGUUCUUGAGUUAUGCAGAAAUUUAUGCUUCAUUUGUAUGUCAGCCCCAACACCUCCCCCCCCCCCGCCUUAAAAAAAGGGCGGAGUGUCGAACCACCAUAGAAUCGUUUCUUGCCCCCUAAAAUCUUCACAUGCGAAAUUUGGCUCCAUUUGAUUGAUUAAUUUUCGAGUUAUGCAGAAAUUUGUGUUUUAUCUGUAUGGCAGCCUCCACUAGAGAGAGGGGAAUAGUGUUCAUAGGGACCAUAGAAACGUUUCUUGCCCCCUGCAAUCUUCACAUGCCAAAUUUGGUUCCGUUUGCUUGCUUAGUUCUCGAGUUAGGCAGAAAUUUGUGUAUCAUUUGUAUGGCUGCCUUCCCUUAGAGAGGGGGAGGAGUGACGAACCACAACAGAAUCGUUUCUUGCCCCCUAAAACAUUCACAUGCCAAAUUUGGUGACAUGACAGACAGACAGACAGAC